ACUCUGGAAUCUUAUACAAAAUGAAAGGCGUAGGUAAACGGCAAUCUGUAAUUAAAUACAACUCAAACAGAGGGUAUCGCAUUGAAUGCACGCCACGCUUUCCCGUGCUUUUGUUCGUCCCUUCUUCUUCUACUACUUCUUAUUCUCGCCUCACCAAACCUGCACACCAACUGUUCGACGAAAUGCCUAAGCCAUGCUCCCCUUCACAACAACAACAACCCACCUCCCUCUAGUCCCCUCCCCCUUCCCUCCCCUCCUCCUCCUCCGCCGCGCCGCCACCACCGCAAUGAGGCCCCCGGCGAGCAGGGCUCCGGUUGCGGUGGGGCUGCGGAGGAGGACGGCGAGGAGGAGGUGUAGGGGUUCGGAUUUGGAGGGGGAUUUGGCGCUGGAAGCUGAGAUUCUGGAGUUCAUGGAGGGGUCGGAGAAGCCUGGGGCUUUUCCGAGCAGGAGGGAGCUGGUGGAGGCUGGGAGGUUGGAUUUGGUUGAGGCUAUUGUGAGGGAAGGUGGUUGGCUUUCGUUGGGUUGGAAUUUGGAGGAGGAAGAAGAGAUUGGGUUUAGGAGUUGGAAUGAUGGAUAUGAGAGCUGUGGUGGUGAGUUGAGGGUUUCUGAUGAUGAUGAGUGUGCAGCCUCCUCGUCUGGUAGAUCACUAGAAGCUGCUGCAACAACUGAGGUUGAUACUGGAAUCGAGGGUAUACUGAACCGGUUGGAGAAGCAAAGAAAUUUGAGCCUUGGGUUUGUUUUGAAGGAUAAGGAAGGCAGCACUGGCAUUGGGAAUAAUGAUAGCAAACAUGACCGGCAUCCUGACACUGCAGUUGAUGCGACAGUUGGUGCAACAAGAAGUAUGAGACCUGCAUCAUCAAACCCCAGUGAAGCCACCCUUAGUGAUUCGGUAGGCAGGCUUAAUCAUAGCAGAUCUCAUUUAGAUGCUGAUGUUCAUACAAAUUCAAUAAAGCCUGAAAUGUGGAGAACUUGGAGCACGCAAAGGGCUGGAUCCUCAGCUCUGGAAUUUGAAGCUGGUGAAGUUUCUUAUGAUAAGAUGGGAGGAUCAAAGGGAGUUUUGCAAGAUGAAAAACUUCAAUUGAAAGAGGGUGCUAAGGAAUCAAAUAGAAGGAAUGAUCUAGAUUCUCAUGAUGAAGUGAUCAAUUACAAACAAGUACAAAGCCGCAUGCAGCAACUUGAAUCUGAGCUCUCCUCUGUACUUCAUUCAUUGAGGUUGAAAACUAGUAACAUUACACCAAAAGAGAUGGGAACGAAUACUCAUGGUCAUGAAAGCUCCUCUGAUGACUCGCGGAAGCUCUUUGAUGCUUGGGAGUUUCAAGAAAAUGAAAUAAUGCAUGCUCAGAACAAAUUGCGUUCAACACGUGCAAAGCUAGCUGUUCUAGAAGGAAAGAUGGCGAUGGCAAUAAUUGAUGUGCAAAAAAAAGUGGAGGAGAAACAGAAGAGGGUCAAUGAUGCUCGUAGAGCCUUACGGCUGCUCCGAACUGCUUUAAUUGUUUGGACAAGUUCAGCCUCAGAAGUGCUAUUAGCAGGGUCAUAUGAUGGUUGGGCUACCCAGAGAAAGAUGGAGAGGUCCAGUACAGGAAUCUUUUCUGCGAGCCUUAAGUUGUAUCCGGGUAGAUAUGAGAUCAAAUUCAUUGUUGAUGGCGAAUGGCGAAUUGAUCCUCUACGCCCUAUUGUUCGCAACAAUGGAUACAAAAACAAUAGACUGAUUAUAACAUAGCCAUCCAAUAGAAGAACUUUUCUUUAACGUAGGGGAGUGGCCGAGUAGGUAGUAGUUAAAAACCCUAGUGAUUCUUGUGUAAGAAGUCAGAUCUAACAGAGCAUUGAAUUCAUGUAACACCCUGAUUCUUGGAUGGUGAUCAUUCAACCUCAACUACGAUGGUUAUCCAGCUGUCUUAAUUCUAGUU